AUGAUCCGUCGCACCAGAUCCACCAGACCAACCAUCAAAAAAUCCCCACCAUACACACCCGCGAGGCUGCUCAAUCAUCGCACCACUCGAUCGGCAGGCACGGCAGCAAUGGCGGCGGCGACCGGAGGCGGCGGCGGUAGCAGGGAGGAGGGGCUGACGCUGCUGGGGUUCUGGACGAGCCCGUUCGCGCUGCGUGCGCGGUUCGCGCUGAACCUCAAGGGCGUCCCCUACGAGUACGUGGAGGAGGACCUGUUCGGCGAGCGGGGCAAGAGCCCGCUCCUCCUCGCCUCCAACCCGGCCCACGGCGGGAAGGUGCCCGUGCUCAUCCACGGCGGCCGCCCCGUCGCCGAGUCGCUGGUCAUCCUGGAGUACAUCGACGAGGCGUUCCCGGAGCGCCUCCCGCGCCUCCUGCCCCCGCCCGACGACCCGCGCGGCCGCGCCGCCGCCCGCUUCUGGGCGGCCUGCGUCGACCAGAAGCUGCUCCCCACGUGGACGCCGCUCUACGCCGGGAGCACGGCCGAGGAGCGGGCGGGCGCGGCGAGGGAGGUCGUCGCCGUGCUGGAGGCGUUCGAGGGGGAGCUCGGGGACAGGGACUUCUUCGGCGGGGACGGCGUGGGGCUGGUGGACGUGGCGCUCGGCGGGUUCCUCGGGUGGCUGCGCGCGUCGGAGGCCAUGUGCGGCGUGCGGACCGUCGACCCGGCCAGGACGCCGCGGCUGGCGGCGUGGGCGGAGCGGUUCGGCGCGCUGGACGGCGUGAGGGAGGUCGUGCCGGACGCGGCGCCGCUGGUGGAGUACAACCUCAUGAAGCGGGCUCGCCUAGGCCUGCCGUAUCUGCCGCCGCAUCAGACGCAGCAGUAG